GACAGUGACGGUCCCUUACGACUGGUGGGAGGACACACGACCCCAGCAACAAGUGUGAGUUGGAGUCGAUGGCAGGAGCCCAGACCACCUGCACCGCAGCAGUUCACUAGUUCCUCUGCAGCCGGAUUCACCAGAAACAACUUUUUCUUUACUUUUCAGGACGAAACUUUUUGAAACAAAAAUUUGAUUAAAGUGCAAAAUGAUGGAGGACCACUUGUCCAAGAUUCCCAUGAGACCCUCGUCGUCACCCACAGACUCGACUGGGAGCAGCGGAACAGACGACAGCCGAGGAGCAGCCAAGAGUCCGGGCAAAGCCCUGAGUCCAGUGCUGGUCUGUAAGGUGUGUGGAGACACCAGCAGCGGGAAACACUACGGCAUCUAUGCCUGCAACGGUUGCAGCGGGUUCUUCAAACGCAGCGUCAGGAGGAGACUCAUCUACAGGUGUCAAGCUGGGACAGGAAUGUGUCCUGUGGAUAAAGCUCAUCGCAACCAGUGCCAGGCCUGCCGACUGAAGAAGUGCCUGCAGGCCGGGAUGAACAAAGAUGCUGUUCAAAAUGAACGGCAGCCCCGCAGCACCGCUCAGGUCCGCUUGGACUCCAUCGACGUAGACCCGGAGAAGGACCACCUGGCGACGACACGAGAGCCCACAUCGUCCUCCUCAUCCUCUUCCUCGUCUUCUUCCUCCACUGGCUCCGUCAUUACGUGGCCCCACAUCACCUCGUCCAUGAACAUCACCUCCUCCGUGGCCUCCCAACGCUGCAUCAGUCCCCAGAACAACCACCGCUUCAUGGCCAGCCUCAUGACAGCAGAGACCUGCGCCAAGCUGGAGCCCGAGGACGUUGAUGAGAACAUCGACGUGACAAGUAAUGAGCCAGAGCGAGCGUCUUCAGAGUACCACAUGGCCGUGUACCCGUCCAGCACUGAAAACGUGUACGAGACCUCAGCCAGGCUCCUCUUCAUGUCUGUCAAAUGGGCGAAGAACCUGCCAGUGUUCUCCAACCUGCCCUUCAGAGAUCAGGUGAUCCUGCUGGAGGAGGCGUGGAGUGAGCUCUUCCUGCUCUGUGCCAUCCAGUGGUCGCUCCCGCUGGAAAGCUGCCCCCUCCUCUCUCUCCCUGACCUCUGCCCCGGCAUGCAGAGUAAGACCAGCUACACCGGCCUGGACCUGCGUCUCCUGCAGGAGGUCUUCAGCCGCUUCAAAGCCCUCGCUGUGGAUCCCACAGAGUUUGCAUGCCUAAAGGCGAUUGUGCUCUUCAAGCCAGAGACUCGAGGCCUGAAAGAUCCAGAGCAAGUGGAGAACCUUCAGGAUCAGUCUCAUGUCAUGCUUGGACAGCACAUCCGCUCACACUACCCCAGUCAACCAGCCAGGUUUGGUAAGCUGCUGCUCCUUCUUCCCUCUCUGCGCUUUGUGAACUCGGAGCGGAUCGAGCUGCUGUUCUUCCACAGAACCAUCGGAAACACUCCCAUGGAGAAACUCCUGUGUGACAUGUUCAAGAACUGACCCCCAUCACCCAGAAUCCCAGGCAGUCAACCAUAAUAUCCAUGUUUGGAACCAUACUUGCUUCGUACUGUGUGAAAGACACCAGAGAUUCUGCAUGCUGUUUAAGCCACUUUAUUUUCUCUGUUUCUACUUUACACCCAGGAAAUGCACUUGCUAUGAUGAUAACACGCAUCAUGUUUAGAAUUUGUUUUUUGAUUCUGUUUCAGUCACUACGUUUUGUGUUUUCAUGAAAAAUGUUUGUGGAGCUGGAGGAAGAUUUGUACAUUUCUCAGCCUGUGUUUGACGUGAAUGACUAUUGUUGUUGAUAAAAUGAUGAUUUGAUAUUUCCUCUU